AUGCAAAUGACGUUGGAUGAAAUCAAGGCAGGGCAGACAGCCCUUAAGGAUUCCUUUAGGAUGGCCACGUUGCAAGGACAAGAGGAUCUGCAGGUCGGACUCGAUUCGAGAUUCAAGUUGGCGGAAGAACAACAUAUGGCGGUGAAAUCUGAAAUGAAGAACCAAUUUCAGGAACUUGGGAAGAAAGUGGAGGGCCAGCACACUGGGCUUCAGGAAUCCGUGAGCAAGAUCAUCACAAAAGAAGACUUCGCGAAUUCAAUUAAGGCUCUGCAGACCAAGCUGGAUUCGAGAUUGGACAGAACGGAGGAACAACUUAAGUCGAAAACUGAUGACAAUUUACCUGACUCUUGUCCUAAUGGCAGUCCCAAUGGGAUUUACCAAAUAAAGGUUCGGGGUCUUGAACCCUUUAAAGUGUCCUGUGUGUCGUCUCCCUCUGGUUGGACUGUAAUUCAGAGACGCAUUGACGGAUCCGAGAACUUCAAGAGAAACUGGAAUGACUAUAAAUCUGGAUUUGGGAAUGUCAGUGGAGAAUUCUUUAUCGGGCUGGAAAAAUUGCAUCGGAUGACUGAGGCACGACCCCACGAACUCUACAUUAAACUUGGGAAGGUUGAUGGAUCCACCAGUUACGCUCAAUACGAUGAUUUUAAGAUUGGAAGUGAGGAGGAAGGCUACGAGUUGAAGAAUCUAGGGAAAUAUUCUGGUGAAGCCGGAGACUCCCUUUCAGCCAGUAAGAACCAAAAGUUCUCCACAUUUGAUCGGGAUAAUGACAAUCAUAAAGGAAAUUGUCCCAUUUCUUUUGGUGGAUGGUGGCACAAUAACUGUUCAUUCGGUUCGCUCAAUGGAAAAUACUCGAAAGAAGGCAAAGGUUAUGGUGGAAUUCAUUGGGGCUCAUGGCAUAACAACGACUGGGAGAUAUCACUAACGUUCACUGAAAUGCUGAUAAGGCCCAAGUCUUUAUAA